UUGUUUUAGGUCACCUCCAAUGUUUUCUUUAAAUUUUGAUUCACGUAAAUCCACAUUUUUGGCUACUGUUCUCUCCUUUGCUUGUUUUCUUUCUGCUAUUGUCUUUAUUCCAAUCAGCUUCAUUCACAAUCAACAAAGACUUUCUUACCUGCUUGCCAAUGUUGAGUUAUGCAAAGCUGAAACUAGAGAUAUUGUGUCUCAACUGGCUAUAAGACCUAUCCGUGUUAAACGAGACAUUGACAGCAAUAGUAACCCCUAUGCACGUUACGCCGCAAUUUUGUCGGCAUCACGGGGUGCCUGUUGCUCUUGCAGCCAAGGACCGCCCGGGGAGAGAGGAAAGCCUGGACGAGAUGGACGCCCUGGAAAGGACGCUACGCCAGGAUCAGAAGGAUAUCCAGGGAGGAAUGGCAAAUACCUGCCGGCACCCCCAGCUGGCACUGACAGUUGUCAGAAAUGCCCUCCAGGUUCAAACGGACCUCCAGGAUUGCCUGGGACCAAAGGCCCUCGUGGUCCUCCCGGUAAAGCUGGACAGACGGGAAGAGCGGGCGACAACAAUCGACCUGGACCGCCAGGACCCCCGGGUCCUAGAGGUGAUCCUGGAUUUAUGGGCGAUAAAGGACCUAAUGGAGAUAGAGGAAAGGUGUUGAAUGGAGCUCCUCCCGGUCCUUCAGGUCCGGCUGGUCCAUCAGGACCUCCUGGCGGAAGAGGACACGAUGGAAAAGGUGGAAUGCAAGGCCCUCCAGGAAUACGCGGCUCUGUUGGAGACCGAGGGUCUGAAGGGAAUGCUGGAUUGCCUGGGCCUCCAGGACCCCCAGGAGAGCCUGGAUAUCCUGGUUCAUGCCAACACUGUCAAGGAGGAGCCAAUGCUGGAGUUCUUUUACCUUCUCCAUCCGCAUAUGAACAACAACAACCCCCUUCCUCCCCCUCAACAUCAUCCCCUGUCUGGAAGUCUUUAGAUAAUUCGCCCACAUACUCCGCUUCUUAUUCGGGAAAUGAAAAGGGACAUGCACCUAGUGCAAAACCUGAGGGAUCCAAAUCAGAAAAUUCUUUAGCGUUUGGGGUGGCUCAAAAGGCAGCAAUUUAUUCAGAAGGAAGAAAACAACAUAUUGGGGAAACAAAUAAACAAAAACAAGAAGAAUUUCUUUGGAUUAAUGAAUAA